CGGUCGCGGGAAGUACGUUAGCUCGCGCGUGACAAGAAACUAAACUCGUACCGAUUACCGAGACGAUAUUUUUUUCUUCUUUUCCUUCAUUUUUGAAUUUUCUGGUGAUUAUUUGUGACCUGUUAAGCUACAAUCGGGGAUUCUGCGAGGUGAGCUGUGGCACAUACCCGAGUCAAGCGGGUAGUUUUUCGGUGCAUUUUUCGUCGACCACUUCAGCGUGGUGGGCUGGAGUUUUAAAAAUAACAGAACAGCCUUUUUGGGGCUAGCGGACUCUGCUAAAACUUUUUUUUUUUUUAAAUAACUUGGGAACUGGAAUACCUUCUUUACUCAAGGUAGUUUUAACGUUGGUUGUUGUGGGAAAGUGAUCGACCAAAUUUUUACCAAGAGUAAAAACAACUCGGCUAGCAUGUCGAGCUACAACAGCAAUUGGCAGGACUCCCCCUCGCCCAAAUCCCGUCCCAUCCGCCUGAGACUCAAUUUUACGGCGAGCGAAAGCGAGGAUGACUCGGUGGAGGACAUCAACGAGUCCGGCUUCAACGAAUUGGACUCCCCGACAGCGAUGCGAACCGGCGCCGUCGACAUGUCGCGAGACGGCGGCGGUGAUGGAAGCCCCGUUUCGAGGCAGUCGUUCGGGGACGAGAUGUGGUCCGAAGAGGGCUUCGGCUCCCCAUCGCAGUUGCUGUCGCCACGCUCGGAGCUCUUCGCCGCCUGCACGCCGACUCCAAAGAAGGCGUCCUGGUCGUGCCGCCGUGCCAUCAGGGAUGGAUCGGGCUCGCCGAUCCGCACAUGCCCCGACACACCUCCUCACAAAACCCUGAGAAAACUGCGACUUUUUGACACUCCGCACACGCCAAAGAGUCUUCUAUACUGUGUCGGGGGUUCCAACGGGAAGGGUUCCCUAUUUAAGACUGGCGAUUCCGGGGCAAAGCUGUCAAAGUCAAGCACAGACAACGACAGCGGCAGGAGACAUCACACGCCUCUGGUCAAUUUCAACCCAUUCACCCCCGAUUCCCUGCUCAUCCAGUCGGCCACACAGCAAAGGAACAACAGAAAGAGGCCAUACUGGAAUGUCUCCAAUGGUGAAGACAUGGAAGCAAGUGAUGUUGAGUAUGAAGAGGAAAUCCUGCCACCAUCAAAGAGAGUCACCAUGAUGCAGAGCAACAUGAUGUCGCGCUACGCCUCCGAGUUCCUGGAACUGGAGAAGAUUGGCUGCGGCCAGUUUGGCGCUGUGUACAAGUGCGUGAAGCGGUUGGACGGCUGCCUCUACGCCAUUAAGCGCUCAAAGAAGCCCUUGGCUGGAUCGGUGGACGAACAAAACGCAUUGCGAGAGGUGUACGCUCACGCCGUGCUAGGCCAGCACCGGCAUGUGGUGCGCUACUACUCGGCGUGGGCCGAAGAAGGCCACAUGCUAAUCCAGAACGAGUACUGCAACGGCGGCACGCUGUCAGACGUGGUGGCCGACAAUGCGGGGCGCCACGCCCACCUGUCCGAGUUGGAGCUCAAGGACCUGCUCCUCCAGGUGGCCCGCGGACUCAAGUACAUCCACUUGAUGUCGCUGGUGCACAUGGACAUCAAGCCCAGUAACAUCUUCAUAUCCCGUAAGGCUGUCAGCAGCUGUGACGAGGGUGACGAUGAGGAGGGCCUCAACACCAAUGUGGUCUACAAAAUUGGUGAUCUUGGUCACGUGACACAGGCCAUCAAUCAUCAAGUGGAGGAAGGUGACAGCAGAUAUUUGGCCAAUGAAGUUCUUCAGGAGGACUGCAGCAACCUGGCCAAGGCUGACAUCUUUGCCCUGGCGUUGACGGUGGUCAGCGCGGCGGGGGCCGAGGCUCUGCCCACAAACGGCGACGCCUGGCACGAGAUCCGGCAGGGCAAACUGCCCGCUGUCCCCCAAGUGCUCUCGUCGGAGUUUCUCAGUCUCCUUACGCUGAUGAUUGACCCCGACCCCACCCGACGCCCUUCUGCCACAGACCUAAUUCGCCACCCGGUGCUGCUGACGACCAUCAAGAGUAGCGCGGACCAGCUGAGAGUGGAAAAUAACGCCCUUAAGUGCAAAAACGCUCUGUUGGAAAGGGAGCUGCAGAAGGCUCAGCUGGCCAGCAACAGCACCUCCAGGCUCAUCGGAAAAAUGAACCGAUCUGUCAGCCUUAACAUCUAAACUGUUUUUGUUGUAUAUACGUUUUAAAUAAAAAAAGUUAAAUAUUUGUUCAAUCAACGCUUUUCCAUGUUGGAACUUGUACAAAGUUAUUUAAUAAAAUCUUUCUAUUCUACACCUUUA